CAAAGAAAGAGAGAAAGGAAGAAAGAGAUUCGAAAGAGAAAAAGAGAUAGAGAGAGAGGAAGGAAAAGAGAGAAAGAGGGAAAUAAAGAGGAAAGAAUAGAGAGAAGGAAGGAAGAAAAAGAGAUUUCGAAAGAGGAGGAAGAAAGGAAGAGAAAGAGAGAGAAAAUCACCACGAGUAAGAGAAACAAAGAAGAGGGAGAAAGGGAAAGGGAAAGAGAAGAGAGUUCGAAAGAGAGACAGAAUCAUAGAGAGGGAGAGGAGAAAGGAAGGAAGAGAGAGAGAAGAGGGGGAAAAUAA